AGCAGUGAAGGUCACGUGAGCCUGCUUGGUGUCGGUCUUUCAGGUUUCAAGUCAGAGGCUCUCAGGCCGCUCUCCUGAACGCGGGAAGCCUCGCUAUCACUGUGGGCCUUGGAAUACUCGCUGCUGCGCCUCCCGCAGCUCUGAAUCCCACAUACAGGUCCUUCUGCCUGUGGGUGUGGGGGAAGAGGAUUAAGAGGCUGUGGGGACACCUUUGAAGACAUGUCCUCAACGCGCACACUUGACUCCUCAGCACAUCAUCCCCUGAGAAAACAGCCCAGAGCUUGAGCAGGAUGACAUGGCCGCUUCUCAGGGAUUGUUGACCUUCAGGGACGUGUCAGUAGAUUUCUCUUGGGAGGAGUGGGAAUGCCUGGACCCAGGUCAGCGGAAGUUGUACGUGGAAGUGAUGUUGGAGAACUACAGGACCCUGGUCUCCCUGGGUCUUUUUGUCUCUAAGCCAGUUCUGGUCACCUUUUUGGAGCAAAUGAAGGAGUGCUGGAUUAUAAACAGGGAAAAGAUGGUAUCUGCCCCUCCAGCUGUGUCAUCUGAAGACAACGAGGCCUUGUCGAGAAAGCCAGGGAUAGAAGAUUUUUUCUCUAAAGUAAUACUGAGUACAUAUAGUGAAGACAGAAGUUAUCAAGGUAAUGAACAUUGGAAAACUUUUGACCAUGGCUUUAAUCCUUACAGACAUCAGAAUCUUCAGCUUCCAGACAACCAUUAUGAAGACCAAAAACUCUUUGACAAAAUGUCAAAUUACAGUACACAUCAGGUUAUUCCUAUUGUGGAGGAAACAAACAAACCAGGAAGAUAUGUCCAGUCUUUGAAGCAGUCCUCCAAUCAUAUUAAACAAGGGAAUACUGGUACCAGUGAAGUCACUUACCAAUGUGUACCGUGUAGCAAAGUCUUCAGUCAUAAACUCAAUCGAAAUAGACUUAAGAAAUGCCAGACUGUAGAAAACCAUUAUGAAUAUAUAGAAUGUGGGAAAACAUUCAGUCAGCCUUUAGGUCUUACUGUACAUCAGAAAAUUCAUGCUGGAAAGAAGUUCCAAAAAUGUAAAUUGUGUGGCAAAGCCUUUAAAAGGCAUUCAUGUUUUAGUGCACAUGAGAAAAGAAUUCAUACUGGGGAGAAACAUUACCAGUGCAGAGAAUGUGGUAAAGCCUUUAGCAAGUUGUCAUACCUUAAGCGGCAUGAGAGAAUUCAUACAGGAGAAAGGCCUUAUCAAUGUAGAGAAUGUGGUAAAGCCUUUAGCCAGUCCUCAGGGCUUAUUCAACAUCAGAAAAUUCAUACUGGGGAAAAGCCUUAUAAAUGUAGAGAAUGUGGUAAAGUCUUUAGCAAGUUGUCAUACCUUACACGGCAUGAGAAAAUUCAUACAGGAGAAAGGCCUUACAAAUGUAGAGAAUGUGAUAAAGCCUUUAUGUGGUUGUCAAACCUUACACGACAUGAGAGAGUUCAUACUGGUGAGAAGCUUUAUCAAUGUAGAGUGUGUGGUAAAGCUUUUAAUCAGUCCUCAAAACUUAAAUGCCAUCACAGAAUUCAUACUGGAGAAAAGCCAUAUAAAUGUAAAGAAUGCGAUAAAUCGUUUCGCCAGUCCUCAGCCUUUAUUCACCAUCAGAAAGUUCAUACUGGAGAGAAGCCUUAUAAAUGUAGAGAAUGUGGUAAAGCCUUUACAGAGUCCUCAAUCCUUACUAAACAUCAGAGAAUUCAUACUGGGGAGAAGCCUUAUAAAUGUAGAGAAUGUGGUAAAGCCUUUACAGAGUCCUCAACCCUUACUAAUCAUCAGAGAAUUCAUACUGGAGAGAAGCCUCAUGAAUGUGGAGAAUGUGGUAAAACUUUUAGGGUGUCCUCAACUCUUACCAAGCAUCAAAGAAUUCACACUGGAGAGAAGCCUCACAAAUGUAAAGAAUGUGGUAAAGCUUUUAGAGUGUCCUCAACCCUAUCUAAACAUCAAAGAAUUCAUACUGGAGAGAAGCCUCAUGAAUGUAGAGAAUGUGGUAAAGCUUUUAGGGUGUCCUCUACCCUCAUUCAACAUCAGAAAAUUCAUACCUCAUAUUAGUCUUAUAAAUGAAGAGGAUGUGGCAAAUCCUUUAGGCAGUCCCCCACUGUUAGAAUAAAGAAGUCAUAAUGUAGAAAACCCUUAUUAAUAUAGAGAAUUUGUAAAUCAUUUUGCUAGCCCUCAAAUCUUACUCAAGAUUAGAAAAUUCAUACUGGUGUAAAGCAGCCUUAUAUCUGUAGGAAAUGUGGCAAGGCCUUUAACCAGGGGUUAAACCCGAUUGGAUAUCAGAAAGUUUAUACUGGACAAAAAUUCUCCAGAUGUAACCAUUGCAAAGUUUUUAAGAAUACUCAAAACUCACUCAGCAGCACAGAAUUUAUGAGACUGAAGAGAAGGCUUAGGAAUAUGUAGAAUAUGGGAAACACAAAAAGAGACCUACAGAUACGAGGAAUGUGAUAAAGCCUUUUCUUUGCAGUGGAUUCUUGGUAGAUUUUGUAUAAUUCAUUCUCAUGUUUUACAAAUGUGAAAAUGUGGAAAGCCAUUUUCUGCCACUGAUUAAUUACUAAAUAUCAGAAUUUACAAAAGAGGUAAAUGUUAGAAAUGUGAAUAAUAUGGCAAAGCUUUUAUUUGCUUCUCAAAACAUACUCAUCAGAUUAUUAUGGAGACAGCUUGUAUUACCAAACAGACCCAUGGUGAGGAGACAAAAUACUAUUACCAAAUGGACCCCCUUUCUUCUCACAGGGUCCCCCUGUUUUACGUUCACCUUGUUCGCUGCCAGGAAGUUAUGGCUCUCAAUGUCAGAGAUUGGUGAAAACGAAAAGAAUUAUUUAUUCAAAAGUUGUACAGACUUAGAGUAAUGACUUAAUGUCUUUGUUAAAAUCCCAAAGUCCCUUAAAACACCCACAAACACACAGAAUCCUCCCUUCCCCCUUUACCCAGUCUGGGGUACCAUAUCUCAGGAAAAGAAAUAGACAUCAAUGGCUCUGGUAGCCCCUGAUUCUUCUCAGUAAUCUGUACUCAGCUGGCAGGCCUUGUGUGGUUCUCAGAACCAUCAGCUGUGUUGCCAGGAUCUCCAGUUAAUCCAAAACUAUGUGGCACCUUCUCAUGACCCAUUUCACCCCUUUUCUUCCCAAAGAUAAAAAAUGUGGAAAAGCUUUAACAAGUACUCUGACCUUACUCAACAUAAGAAUUUAUUCUAAAGAGAAAACAUGAAUGAAAAGAAUGUUUAAAACUUUUUUUGCACAUUAAUAGCUUAUUUGACACAUGAGAAUUCAUAUGAGAUGAAAAUCUUAAAGGUCUGUGAACUUACAAAUUAGGUGGGUUUCAGUCAUCUACUUUGCCAUAGAAGACUGAGGACAUACUAAUCCACAAUAUAUGAACAAAAUCUAAAUGGAGAUACUGUGUGGUUGACUCCAAACUUUGUUGAAUGUCAUCACAAGGGCAUAUUUUUUGCAUAAGAAAGAGAAACAGUAAGCCCUAGCCAGAUAGCUCAGUUUAUUAAACCAUUGUACCAAUUCAGCAAGAUUGCAGGUUUGACCCCUGGUCAGAGCACAUACAAGAACCAUCAAUGAAUGCACAAAUAAGUGGAAUAACAAAUGGACGUUUCUUUCUCUAUCCCUUCCUCUCUGUGAAAUCAAUAAUUUUUUGAAAAGAGAAAUACUAAGAAUUGUUUUGUAAUAACUUUUGUUGGAAUAAAAUUUAUGUAGCUCUG